CCCAUCAAAAAUCAUAUUUCUUCUUAUGGAUAAUCCCGGGAAGUCAACGAACUUGACACUGACGAUGAUGCGUUGCCGCCGGCAGUCAGUCAGCGUUGAAGCCUUUCUUUCUUGUUGUUUCUCCUCAACCGCUCUGAAGAGUCCACGAUUCAGACACGGUUUCCGAUCUCGCGGGCGUAUUCCGCUUUUAUAUAAAUUCCAAUCACGUGCUUCCGGUCUUUAUACAUACGUAGACGAAGGAAGAAAUAUGAAGAAUGUGUCACCAAGAGUCAUCGACGUCAUAGAAGGAGAAAAAAAACAACACCAGAAGAGACAGAAAAAUUUUUGGGAAGUAAUUGCUGACGAACACGGUAUUGAUCCUACCGGAACUUAUCACGGCGAUUCCGACCUCCAAUUAGAACGUAUCAACGUGUAUUUUAAUGAAGCAACCGGAGGUAAAUACGUGCCACGAGCAAUUUUGGUCGAUUUGGAACCAGGGACGAUGGAUGCGGUCCGUUCAGGUCCUUUUGGACAAAUCUUCAGACCGGAUAACUUUGUUUUUGGACAAAGCGGCGCUGGUAAUAACUGGGCGAAAGGACAUUACACUGAAGGUGCGGAGUUGGUUGAUUCAGUUUUGGAUGUAAUUCGAAAAGAAGCAGAAGGAUGCGAUUGCAUGCAAGGUUUUCAAUUAACACAUUCAUUGGGAGGUGGCACUGGUUCGGGUUUAGGAACACUAUUGAUUUCUAAAAUACGCGAAGAAUACCCAGAUAGAAUUAUGGUCACCUUUUCGGUUGUGCCGUCACCGAAGGUUUCUGAUGUGGUUGUGGAACCUUAUAAUGCAACCUUAUCGGUACAUCAAUUGGUGGAAAAUACUGAUGAGACUUAUUGUAUAGAUAAUGAAGCUUUGUACGAUAUCUGUUUUCGAACUUUAAAAUUAACAACUCCGACCUACGGCGAUUUGAAUCAUUUAGUGUCUGCUACACUAUCAGGAAUAACCACGUGCUUACGAUUCCCUGGACAAUUAAACUCUGAUUUAAGAAAAUUAGCUGUUAAUAUGGUACCGUUUCCACGCCUUCACUUCUUCAUUCCAGGAUUCGCGCCAUUAACAUCGAGGGGUAGUCAACAAUACCGAGCUUUAACCGUUCCUGAAUUAGUUCUUCAAAUGUUUGAUGCUAAGAAUAUGAUGGCAGCUUGCGAUCCUCGGCAUGGAAGAUAUCUAACUGUUGCAGCUAUUUUCCGUGGACGUAUGUCAACAAAAGAGGUUGAUGAACAGAUGCUUAAUAUUCAAAACAAAAACAGCAGUUAUUUUGUUGAGUGGAUACCCAAUAAUGUUAAAACGGCUGUAUGUGAUAUUCCACCAAGAGGAUUAAAGAUGUCGUCGACGUUUAUUGGGAAUACCACUUGUAUUCAAGAACUGUUUAAGCGUGUAUCGGAACAAUUUACAGCGAUGUUUAGAAGGAAGGCUUUUCUUCAUUGGUACACUGGUGAAGGAAUGGACGAAAUGGAAUUUACUGAAGCUGAAUCGAAUAUGAACGAUUUGGUAUCUGAAUAUCAACAGUACCAAGAUGCAACCGCCGAAGAAGAAGGGGAGAUUGACGAAGAAGAAGAAGAAGGGUGAUAAGAUAUUGUUAAGAAAUUAAGAUUUAUCCUGUGCAAUUUAGCACGAUUUUAGGUGUGAUUAUUAGCUUAUUUUAAAAAUAUAAGAUUUAUUUUAUUGUAUUCUUAAAAUCGUAA